UUGCUGCCCUUCAAGAACCAUAUUUAGCAUGUUUUCGUACGCACAGCCGCAUGUGGGAAAGGUUCGGGGAGUGGGGUUCGCGAGGGCAGAGUGCAAAUCCUUUAAAUGCAAUUAUGGCCUGCGGCUCAUGUGAGCUCAAGUGCGGAGAGGUCGUCACAAAACGCCAAUGAUAUGCUCUCGAGUGUCUUUGUUGUGGCUUAAAUACAUAAGCAGGGUAACUCCCUCUUCUUUGUUGGCACCCCCCACACCACCCCCUUAACACCCCUUUUUCGCCAGUUUCCUCCUGUUUUUGCAGCCUGCCCAAAGAGAACGCGCCAAAAAGUUGUGGCUGAGCUUUCCAUUCGCCGCUCGCUGGUCGGGUGGUGCAGAUGGGUGAUGUACUUCCCUUUGCAAGUGUGCGUGCGUAUCUGUGUGUGGUGGUGGUGUGUGAGUGUAUGUGGCAUAUGCAUCACUCCACAAUCGCAUCAUUUUGAGCAAUUAAGUGUGUAUUAUCCGUCGCUGCGUCUGUCAAAGGGCCUUGAAAGCAACUUCAAAACCGAAUCCAGUCGCGGCUCGCAGUUGCUCCUGUUCCUGUUCCGCCACCGGAAGUACAUUGAAUGUGCCAGUGUUGCAUCUAUGGCUCCCUCCCUCUCUUCAAAUCCGCGCUUUUCAUGCGCAAAUUGUGCAUUUAAGUCCACAAUGGCGAGCCAACAAAAGCAAGGGAAUGGGAUGCGGAGUGCUCGUUAUAUGGGAUAUGCGGAAUAUGCGAUCUGGGAUAUAGGAUGUUGUGCACUCCUGUUGGGAUGCAAGUCCCCCUUGUGAUGCCUACUUUCACUUUUGUUCGGUGCUCACCUAACUGAAGGCGGUCGGGAGGCGUUUUGCUGUCAAGUCUACGAGUUGGGAACCUCCUGCAAGGAUUGGUAGGGAAUUCUGCGUAUAAAAAUAUAUAAAUUGAAAAAGAAAUCAUAAAGCUGCCUUCCAGGAAUACGUCGACUUCAUAGCUUCUCAGUAGAUUACUUACAAGCUAUCACUACCAAACAAGAGAUUUUCAUUACAAUUCCUAAAAAGAAAUAUUGUUAAAUUUUUUUUACUGGCCAGCAGAGUCCUUUCGGCCAUUCCCCUAACCCCAGUUUAUGGCACUAGUCUGACAUGAAACUUUUCCACCUUUCCACUCGCACUCCAUUAAACAUUUUUCAUUCGCUUUAUUGCCCUCUUGGGCUGUCACAAACAAGUGUGGCCAACUUCGAGCCACGCCCAUAUUAGCCCACACACGCCCACUUUGGCCACAUUUUCCAGGGGUUUCCUUCUUGCUCCUCGGCAAUGUCUUCUGGCCACGCUGGCCAAUUUAAAAUUCAAUUUAAUUUCAAUUGAUAUUGGAAAAUCUUUUGAGCACCUCCCCCACCCACUCCCUUUUGCCAAGUGAAAAACCUAUCCACACGCAGCGGGGAAGCCCCAUUAACAGGGCUUCCACAGUUUUUCGAUUCCUUAGUGUGGAAAACUCGCUCGGACUUUUGACUGUGCGAUUCCCAUUUCGGCGACAAAAGGUGAGAAACCAAAAGCAAUUACAUCACAGAUUUCUGUUCUUUUCACGAAAAGUUUGUUGAUAAUUGAAAUAGGGCUUCAUCCAUCGCCAAGAACCAGACAGAAUUCAAAGUGGGUGGCUGGAACCAUAAAUUAUGCACAGGCCACGGAAGACAGCAACCUGAAGGGCAACAAUAACAAAGUCCGUGAAAUGCUUAGACACCCAAAACCCAACCCUCACUAAUUGCCCCAAGGCUGGUCCUCAAAAUCUCCGGCAGCAGAUUGUUUUCCUAGCAACGUCGUCGCCUUGGGCUGUGAAAGAUUUCCUACACGUUUCGGCCAUCUCAUAAAUAAAGGGAAAAUUUCAUUAAGACAAAUUAUUGUCUAUCAAUAUGUUGCCACAAGAACAUGAACAGUAUGGGCAGGACAUUGCUCAUUUGCCGAACACCCCAGCCAGCUUGUAUUUGUAUGUUUACAUAAUAAUAUUUGCGGCUCAUAAUUGCAUAAAUUUUUAAAGCGUAGCGCGUUCCAGGCUUGUGCAACCUGCAGUCCCUCAUUGUUCUGACCCCUGACCUCUGCUGCCAUGUCCCGGGUUCGGUUUGGUUCUGUUCGGAUUGGUUUGGUUGGAUAAGCUAUACUCUAUCUGAGGGCACUCUGCUGUCUAUAGAAACCUUAUUAUUAUUUUAAUUAAGUCAAUAUCAAAUGUAUUAAUGUUGCCUCUUUCUUUCUAGUGACUUUCAAAUCAUUCUAACACAAUAAGAUAAAGUGAAAUAUAACUUACUUUUCAGUUCCAGCAAAAUGUAUAGCAUAGCUUUUGAAUACUUGCUUGUGCCAACUUUAAUAUCACCUAUCAGUUAGAACAAAUGUAACCCUAAACAGGGUAUUUCCGCCAUCGACUACCAACAUCAGCUGCUCACUGGUUUGGCUUGGUUUCGGGUUAAAUACGUAGAAAUUAAAUUAAAUAUGCCCGCGGUUAAGUGUCGUUGCAGGUUGCCCUUCCAUAAACAAAGGGUGUGGGCGUAGGCCUAGGCUUUGAAUCCAAUUAAGAUGAUAUCCGGGGGGGAGUUUCCCAGGCAGGUGAGUGUGUACGCAAGUCACGUGCAUGGAAUGAUCGAAUAUUGGGGCAUAUAGAUAACAAUAUACCCCCAAGGAAAACUAGUUGUCUAUCCAGCACCAGUGAUGAUAACUUUUCCAUUCGAAGUGAGAGUUCGCCCUUUCUCCGCGACACUUGACUUCUUCCUAAUUGUUAUGACCGCAUAAAUUUCAAUUUAUUUCUUUCCAACUAUGCGGUUGUCACAGAGUUCAUCGAUUUUAUCGGUUUCCUCUUCAAAGGAAGCUGCGCCAAGUCUUCAUUUCGAGCUCUUGAGAAACUCAUCAUCCGUCGGCUAGAACAAAUCGAGUGUGAAAUUCGAUAAGUGGCUGGCAUUGUCUGAGAGCCAGACGAACCCAAACUGCCACUUGAAGUCGGGAUUUUUGUUUACGAACAACCAAAAUCGACAAAUACGAAACUAUUAUGAGUGAAUUGUGAAUUACGCUCCACUUUAUGUGACUUUUACGAUGGCAAUUCAAAUUAGCUUCGUGUUACUCGAAUGAAAAUUGGUCUGUUAACUGUCCUCAACAGUUUUCCUUUUACUUCAUCUCAGAUGGAAAGUGAACUAAGAGCUUGCAAUUCAUUUUGCAGGAAUAUUCAUCAAAAUAUAGCAUCUCCUUAAAAUCGAACGUAUUUUUGGCAAUUAAAAAUAUGAAUUACAUCUAACGCUAUUGCUCCCCGCCCAAUUUCAUCGUUCUGAGCCCACUCCCGCUAAAUGGAAUGAUUAACAUGAAAUUCCCAUUUUCCCAGGGCCAACCACUUGACUUAUGACUGCUCGACCACCACCGAGCGAUCCGCCCCAGCUCCAUGGGCCGACUAAAUCGCUACUAAGUAUUAUACUAUAUAGAUUGUAUGACCGUUCUACGCACACACAGAAACACAAGGGUGCUUGGGAGUAGAGCACACACUAAAGACACUAAGCACGACAAAAAGACAUUAAACACGACAACGAAAUAAAAAAACAUUGAAGUUCCUUAUCAGCAUUUCCGCUUUUCGUGACCAAUGUCUUGGAGUGUGGACACACACACACACAUAAACCAUUACCUGGGCCAGUGCACU